GGUGUCAGAGAUACUCUUAGUUACGGAAGAAAUUGCUUGGUUUGAGCUUAAGCAAGCAAAUUCUCCUCCAACUUCCAUUAAAAACGAAUGAUUCUGUAGUUUUGUUUGAAAAUGGUUCUGUUACUGAGACUACCCACUGUUUGUUUUCCUCCAAGACCCUCCUCGUUACUUUCUUCAACAAGAAUGGCUCUCAAUUCCCUAAACUCCGAGAUGAACAGGUCCAGAACUUCUGUCCCAGAUUUUAGUUCUAAAACCACUCCGCUUAGCAAUAGAAAACUUCCCAUUCUUCUCUUUGACAUAAUGGAUACCAUUGUUCGUGACCCUUUUUACCACGAUGUUCCUGCCUUCUUCAGAAUGUCUAUGAAGGAACUACUAGAAUGCAAGCACCCAACUGCCUGGCUGGAAUUCGAAAAGGGGACAAUUGAUGAGGAAGAGUUAGCCAGAAAGUUCUUUAAAGAUGAAAGGCCAUUGGACUUGGAAGGCCUCAAAGACUGUAUGAAAAGCGGAUAUUUCUACCUUGAAGGAGUUGAAGAAUUGCUUAAUGCACUAAAAACAAACAACUAUGAGAUGCACGCUUUUACCAACUAUCCCAACUGGUGUGAAAUGAUUGAAGACAAGUUAAAAAUCUCAAGAUAUAUGUCCUGGACAUUCUGUUCCUUUAAGAAUGGAAAGAGGAAGCCUGAUCCUGAAUUUUAUUUGGAGGCAAUAAAACAUCUCGAAGUCGAUCCAGGAAACUGUGUAUUUGUUGAUGAUAGGAUAAAAAAUGUGGAGGCUGCUAUAGCUGUUGGGAUUGUUGGUCUUCAUUUUAAGAAUGCAGAAACACUGUGUCAAGAUCUGUCUCUCAUGGGCAUUGACGUUUCAGAUACUGAUAAAGAUGACCAAACUGGGGAUCAGUGACAUGAAAGUUUGCUGAAGACCACUUGUAUUGAUUCUUGCCACAAAGUUGAUUCAUUAACAACAAGCAAUAUACCAUUCCUUGCUUGAAGACGGUCGUUUUUCAGACUUCGACAUCGACAGUACAUAAAACGACAUGUCGUUUAGUAUAAGGGCUGUAGCUAAUAAGCAUAAACGCUAUGACAAAACUCUAUGUCGUUUAAUGAAAAAAAUGUUGGUUUCACUAAUAGUUCGUGAAAUCUUCUCUUUGUAGCA